AAUCGCCCUGGGGUGCGAACGAGUUCCCGCCCUCUUCGCUGGUCGGCGACGGUAACGCCAACCACAACGCGACCGCCAUGGGCAGCAACGGAUACGCAUCCAUCCAGUCUACGGUGUACGAUCAGCACGGUCCUGGACAGUUUGCGCAGUUGCCCUUGAACAUACUUGAAGGCGGCGUCUCGCUGGAUCCCAUGUACACCGGUGGCCCGAUGGCACAGGACUCUCUCCUGUCUACGGUGCAGGGCCAGUAUGGUCCUAGUCUGUUUGCGCAUCUGCCCUUCAAUAUGUUUGAAGGCGGUGUCUCGCUGGGACCUGUUGACACUGGUGGCCCGAUGGCGCAGGACCUUUACAGCACGAACGCGCCAUAUCCUAUCGGCUCGGACGUUCCGACCGUAGACUUCACGGCACAGCUGGGCUUGUGGAAAAUGCCGCCGUUGCCGCCGCCUGCAGCGAGUAUCGACGUAAGUGUUCUGCAGGGCCUCGACAUAAACCCAGGACCGUCCAUCACCAGCGCAGGUGUGGCGCCACAAGGUGGCGUCCAUCGUCGCAAUACUCGUUCGCAGAGGCGCAACGAGCCAUACACCACAAACCAGGCUGCCGCCUCCAGCGCAGACCUGGUACUCGACAUCAUAGUAUCGACCGGCGCCGCUCCUACGGGAGGUGCCCGGUCAACCGGCGCAGGCAGAACCACGCUGUCGCGCCCCAGAACGAAGAAGAAGGCGGCGAAGUCGGGCGGCCAGGCCCAGAAGCGCGGACCGGCCCAGAAGCGCAAACCAACCAAGAAGCACAGUGGGCCCGAGGCUGAAGACCUCCGGACGUGCAAGGUCGAAGGGUGCGUGCCUAAGAAGAAGACCAAGGCGGGGAAGAACAAGGCGGGCGAGCCUAUCUUUUCUUGGAGGUUUGUGAUGCUUCGCCACAUGGCGAGCGCGCACGACCAAGCCGGUGUCAAGUGCCCUCACUGCGGAUUGCUGCUGUCGCGUGGGGACUCAUUCAAGAGGCAUUGGAAGGCGCGCCACGAAGACCCCAAUAACCGUGUUUUCCCGGAUGAAGAUGACGAGGAGGACGUUAGCCUUCCCGAUGCACCGCCUUCGGGCAUCCACAAGCGCCGCGACGACGACGACCAAGACUUCGGUGGAAACGGGGGCAUGGGAUUGGGGGAGUGGUCGAUGGGAGAGGGGAUUCACGCCUGCUAG